CAUCCGGGCAUACAACUUCUCUCAGCAUCCACCAACGCAGACAGUCAACAGCAAACUGGUUUUGAUUAUUUUUUUUUAAGGAUGGACAGUGAUGAAUUUAGGGUCCGAGGGAAGGAAAUGGUGGAGUACAUCUGCAGUUAUUUGGAGGAUAUUUCUAAACGACGUGUUACGCCUUCUGUCGAGCCAGGUUAUUUACGUAAAUUGAUACCAGCCGAAGCACCGCAGGAACCGGAGGAAUGGGAAUCCAUCAUGCAGGAUGUCGAUGCUAAAAUUAUGCCCGGUGUAACCCAUUGGCAACAUCCUAGGUUUCACGCAUAUUUUCCAAGUGGAAACUCAUUUCCUUCAAUUUUAGGAGAUAUGCUGGGCGAUGCAAUAGGUUGCAUUGGAUUUUCCUGGGCGGCAAGUCCAGCAUGCACGGAGUUAGAAACUAUAGUGUUAGAUUGGUUGGGAAAAGCUAUUGGACUUCCCGACGAUUUUCUUGCAAUGAGACCAGCCAGUCGAGGUGGAGGCGUUAUACAGACAUCUGCUAGCGAAUGCGUUUUGGUGACAAUGUUAGCAGCUAGAGCACAAGCCCUGAAAAGGUUAAAGCAACAACAUCCUUUCGUCGAAGAGGGUGUUCUACUCUCGAAGCUUAUGGCAUACUGUUCCAAGGAGGCUCAUUCGUGUGUCGAAAAAGCGGCUAUGAUUUGCUUCGUAAAAUUACGUAUAUUGGAACCAGAUGCUAAUAGUUCUCUUAGAGGGAACACGUUGCAGGCGGCAAUGGAAGAAGAUGAAACCAUGGGUUUAGUGCCAUUCUUCGUAUCUACUACGUUGGGGACAACGUCGUGCUGUUCAUUUGAUAAUUUAAUGGAAAUAGGUCCGAUCUGCAGUAAAUUUCCAUGCGUUUGGCUGCAUGUCGAUGGAGCAUAUGCUGGCAAUGCUUUUAUUUGCCCAGAAUUGAAACCACUCCUGCAGGGAAUCGAGUAUGCAGAUUCAUUUAACACUAAUCCCAAUAAAUGGUUGCUCGUAAAUUUUGAUUGUUCAACACUCUGGGUUAGAGAUAGAAUGAGAUUAACUUCAGCUUUGGUGGUAGACCCAUUAUAUCUGCAGCAUGGUUAUUCUGAUACGUCAAUAGAUUAUAGGCACUGGGGUGUACCACUUAGUAGAAGAUUUCGCUCUUUAAAACUGUGGUUUGUGAUGCGUAGUUAUGGUAUAUCUGGUUUGCAAAACUAUAUUAGACAUCACAUUAAACUUGCGAAACAGUUUGAAUUAUUAGUUUUAAACGAUCGUCGGUUUGAGGUUUGCAAUGAAGUCAAGCUUGGUCUAGUUUGUUUUCGAUUGAAAGGAAAAGACAAACUAAAUGAAAAACUGUUAAGCAGUAUAAAUGGUUCCGGAAAACUACAUAUGGUACCAGCAAACGUAAACGAGAAAUAUGUCAUACGGUUUUGCGCUGUUGCUCAAAACGCAAGUAGUGAGGAUAUUGAAUACGCGUGGAAAGUUAUAACAGAAUAUGCCAGCGAAUUAUUAGAGAAAGAUGAAUGUGAAAAGGAACAAGAAUUACACGAUGAAGUAUUUGAAAUUUUAAACAGCAAGAAAAAAGAAACGUUGGCUCAGAAACGAUCAUUUUUCGUUAGAAUGGUAAGCGAUCCAAAAAUCUACAAUCCUUCCAUUGCUAAGGGAUCACCAACGACACGUAGACAUCUCACGGAGAGUGCAGUAUCUCCAGAAAAUAUCAAAGUGGAACCACCAUUAAAUAGUUCAUCUUGGAUUAGCUGGCCCAUUGCAUUUAUAUUACAUGGCAGAAAUGAUGAUAGUGCUAGCGGAGAUGUUCCUAUAAGAUUCAGACAUUUGGAGGCUAAAGUAAGGUUGACAGCUGCUUCUAAACAAAACGGAGGUCAAAUUCAAUCUGCAGAUUUAGAUGUUAAGUCUGCGAGGCGUUCCCCGAUAUCGAACAAAAAAUAAUUUAACACAUUAUAUAGCUAUCAGUUGGAACAAGACAGGACCGCUUUAUACAAGAGUACUUAAUAAAAGAAUAUAUAUUCGGCUUUCAAAAAAACACAUACAU